CGCACAUCUUCACCCAACCUGCCAAUGCCAAUCUACAGCUACGUCUGUAAUUGGAGGCCAUGGCCGCGAUAAGCAGCAACCUCAGCCUUUAUCGUCGCCAGCCCAUCUGAUAUGCACCCCUCUUCUCCUGCUUGCUGCAAGCGACGAUGACGACUGAUUCUUCUAGCCAUCUCCCAAGGUUUCCUCCUUCUUGAACGUCAGUAGCGCAAGCAUUUCUCGCUACAGAUAAGAUGUCGGCCUUCUUCACUUCUUAGUGUGACCGUGAGCGGAACAUAGUUCCAAGUACUCUGACAAGAUGAUGAUGAACGAGCCAUAGCCGCAGGCUCAUAGCUCCGUGAUGGAUUCGUGCCAGCAAUGAGAAUGUCGAAGAAUCUCCCUUCGCUACCACCUCAUUAACUUGCUGCGCCAAUCCGAGAAGGACAGCUAGUCAUUCAGGCCCAAUGGCAUUCUCACUUCGCUUCGGCAUGAGCAACACACAAAGACGCCGCAUAAUAGCGUUCGCUCUUUGCUUCGCCAUAUUUAUUGUGACAGCCGCCCACUACCGACUGCAGCGUCACAAAGCUUAUGGGAGGCUUGUUUUUCCUGUCCAAAGGUCCGUCCCUGGCCUUUCCGACACUCUCGGGGUGACGGGGUACGACAAGCCGAAUGGACUCAAGAUCAUUGGCAUAGUCUUCUUUGGUAGGAGAAGUCGCGUGGAGAUGUUGCGAUGCUUCCUCGAGCGCAACUUGGUUGACAAUGGUGGGUGGCUUGACGAGAUCCACUGGGUGAAGAAUACCGACAAUCACAACGAUCUAGCGUAUCUCGACGAGAUACUCUCCUCGUCACAGCGGUACAAGAAGGUCGACGUCGAAGGUGUCGGAUUUGUUGGCUAUGGACAGGCUUGGUCUCAGUUGGAGCCGGGAAACCUGUAUGUCAAGAUCGACGAUGACGUGGUAUGGUUCGCCGACGACACGAUACCUCGCAUUGUAAGCAUGAAGCUUGCACACCCCGAGUUCCUGCUUGUGAGCGCCAACAUUGUCAACUCUCCUCUCAUGGGCUGGGUUCAUUACCAUAUGGGCGCUCUCCAUCCCUACAUGCCUGAACUGACCGACUAUGAACCGAACAUAUUCAGUCUCCGUCAACCAUCGCGCAAGCCGUGGACAUACUGGUCAUAUCCCAACUGGACAGGUCCGGAUGAUUAUUUCUUCGGGCCAUUUCAGGGGCCGCCCUAUACUGGACACCGCUGGCUGCGACUCCCGAACGAAUCAGACAUAUUCCGUACCCCCGUCGCAGAUAUAGAGUAUAAGACCUGGGGCACAGGCCUAAAGUCUUGGGCAAUCGCCGCCCAGGAACACUAUUCUUUUCUCGAAAACCUCGCCAACGACCGUCUCGAUACGUAUAGGAUGGGUAGCAGCGCCGGUCAAGGAAGCAACGACAAAGUCUGGCUGCCCAUGGAUCAACGACUGAGUAUCAACUUGAUUGCUGUCUGGGCAGACGACGUCUUGGACAAUCUACCGAUGGACGAUGUUGACGAACAGUGGCUCACGCUCAACUUGCCCAAGAAACUCCAACGGCAAGUUGCUGUAAACAUGGACGCUCUGGCCGCGCACUUCACAUUUGGAACGCAGGGCACAGUCGAGACGACGGACUUGCUGGCCAGGUAUCGUGAUUAUGCCGUGGAGCACGCGUGCGCAAGGUGGACUUGA